UCAUCAUCUAGAAAAAAAAGGGUCGACGACUUGAAAACAUUUCAAACUCAGUUGGCGGAGAAAGGGUUGGGGCCGCCUCUAUCUCUCUCCCUGUGCCACUCUCUACAUUUUGAAACAUCAAAACAAAAACGCGUCCAAUUGGCCACCUAACCUUCCUUCCUAGCUGGCUUCUUCUCCCCAGUCCACUAUUAUUUUCACAUCUAUGCUCCCUCCCUCUCUCUCUCUCUCUAUAUAUAUAUUAUGUAAAUUCCCAAUUUCUCUUCACGCACUUCUCUCUCUUUGCUUUUUAAUUUGAUUUAUAUUUCUUUUUCUUAAUCUAAUACUAGACCGCACAGAAUUUUCAAGUUUAAAUAUAGUGUAGAACACUAUUAUUCCCCAUUUCUACAUAUCAUUGCAUCUCGUUUCUCUCUCUCUCUCUCUCUCUCUCUCUCUCUCUCUCUCUCUCUUCUUGGCUUCUUCUUUGAGAUUAAAGCGAUUCUUCUGGGGAUUUGCCAUUCAGAGGAGAGAUGGCAGAGCCAAAGCCAACAACACCCUUGAUCCCACAGUCAUCGUCACGAAACCUUCCUGAUUUCAAAAAAUCAGUGAAGCUAAAGUAUGUGAAGCUUGGGUAUCAUUACCUAAUCACUCAUGCAAUGUACCUCUUCCUGUCUCCUCUUGUAGUUGUAAUUGCAGCUCAGCUUUCAACAUUUUCAAUGCAAGAUCUUUACACCCUUUGGGAACAUCUACAAUUCAACCUCAUAUCGGUGAUUGUCUGUUCAACACUCCUUGUUUUCUUAUUCACACUCUAUUUUAUGACUCGUCCUCGCCCUGUGUACCUUGUCAAUUUUGCUUGCUACAAGCCUGAAGAAUCUCGUAAAUGCACAAAAAGGAUAUUCAUGGAUCAGUCUCGGAUGACUGGAACAUUUACUGAGGAGAACCUCAACUUUCAGCAGAGGAUUCUUGAGAGAUCUGGCCUUGGGGAUUUAACUUACCUUCCUGAGGCUGUCCUCAAUAUUCCUCCUAACCCAUCAAUGCAAGAGGCUCGAAAAGAAGCUGAGACUGUCAUGUUUGGUUGCGUUGAUGAGCUUUUGGCUAAGACCUCAAUUAAGCCUAAAGAUAUUGGAAUCUUGAUUGUGAAUUGUAGCUUGUUCAACCCUACUCCAUCUCUUUCUGCCAUGGUAAUUAAUCAUUAUAAGCUUCGAGGGAAUAUAGUUAGCUUCAAUCUGGGUGGCAUGGGUUGCAGUGCUGGCCUGAUUUCAAUAGCUCUUGCUAAGGAUCUUCUUCAGGUCCAUCCAAACUCCUAUGCUUUGGUCAUCAGCAUGGAGAACAUCACAUUGAACUGGUACUUUGGAAAUGAUCGAUCAAAGCUUGUUUCAAACUGUUUGUUUAGAAUGGGAGGAGCUGCAAUACUGCUUUCAAACAAACGGUCUGACAGAAGAAAGUCAAAGUACCAAUUAGUACAUACUGUACGCACUCACAAGGGAGCGGAUGAUAAGUGCUUUACUUGUGUUACCCAAGAAGAGGACUCCAAUGGGAAAGUCGGUGUUACUUUGUCAAAGGAUCUCAUGGCAGUUGCAGGUGAUGCUUUGAAAACUAACAUCACUACUUUGGGUCCUCUUGUUCUGCCCAUGUCCGAACAGCUGCUAUUCUUUGCUACAUUGGUUGGAAAGAAACUUUUCAAGAUGAAGAUCAAGCCUUACAUCCCUGAUUUCAAACUGGCUUUUGAGCAUUUCUGCAUCCAUGCUGGAGGAAGAGCUGUUUUGGAUGAAUUGGAGAAGAACUUGCAGCUGUCUGAAUGGCACAUGGAGCCAUCAAGGAUGACACUUUACCGGUUUGGCAAUACCUCAAGCAGUUCCCUUUGGUAUGAAUUGGCUUAUUCAGAAGCCAAAGGCAGGAUGAAGAAGGGAGAUAGAACAUGGCAAAUAGCGUUUGGUUCAGGGUUUAAGUGUAACAGUGCAGUAUGGAAGGCCUUAAGGACCGUAAACCCUGCAAAGGAAAAGAACCCAUGGAUGGAUGAGAUCCACCAGUUCCCAGUUGAUGUUCCUAAAGUUUCAGCAAUCUAGGCCCAAACAUUAUUAGUUAUGGCGUUGAGAUUCUUGAGGACGUGUGAAUUGAUUGAUGUAUCGCACAGGCAAUUUUUUUAAUUAUUUUAGAAUUAGGAUCAGAUUAUUUAGAGGACUGGAGUUGGAAUUUGUAUCUGAUAUGAUAUUGGCAUUUCAUUUCUGCUUUCAGUGAUAGCAUCACAAAUUGCUACUUGAAUGGCUUCUGUUUUUCUUUCACCGAGUCACAUUGUAUGCAUAACAAUUUCAGUACCUGGAGGCGGGUGCUGAUAUAUGUGUAACACCAGAAUGCAGGGAGAAGUAAAAGAUUCAUUGUGAGAAAGCUGAUUUAAGAUCAGUAUCAGGAAAUUCAGUAA